AUGACAGCUCCACAUGCACAACAUCAGAGGCAACUAGUACUGAAAUGGGUUUUGCUGUUGUCAGUUCUGUCCGUGUCGUUUGGCUUUCACUCCAUUUCUCCGCCUGCACCUUUACAUGCACCAUCAUUCCGUUGGAACACUUACGACUGUAAGCCCCAUGGCUCCUUCUCGUUGUCAGCCGUCAAGGUAAAGACAUCCGACGAUGAUAGUACUACUAGCACUACACUGUACGACAUUUUAGGCGCGUCUCCCGACGACAGUCGAGCGGAACUCAAGCGUCGCUACGCACAAUUGGCACGACAAACGCAUCCGGAUGCCAUGAUCCGUCGGAACCGAAACAACAACAGUACUGCUACAUCUACUAGUAGCACCACCAGUACAACGGAACACUCGUUUUCGGACAUUGCCGAAGCGUACCGUGUCUUGAGCGACGCAAAGCUGAAGAAACGAUACGAUCGUGAAUUGGCCGCCGCCGCAUUUAGUCGUCACGUGUCGCAAAUGGCAUCGGAUUGGACCGAACAGGCGGCGCCCAAAGUGUCCAGUAUGCUCGAUACCAUUGCCGUUCCCUUUCUAAGACGAACCACGGCCACGACGCUGGCAGGCAUUCAAGCCGUGGCGACAAGACCCACUACGGAAGAUGUCGUGGUGUCGGCCAUGAAAGCCGCUCAAAAAGCCGGACGCAUGGUGGACGAUUUGGAAUUGUUGGAACAGAGUGAAGCACUGGAAGCUCAGCUACAAGAACAACUCGAUCAAGCACAAGCACUCAAAGCACAGCUGGACAAUACUUCACUACGACGGGUUCAAAUGGCACUGCAGACACCCAAUGCCACCAUUUCCACACACGAUGCAUGGAGUCUACUGCAGCAUUGGAAACAACAACAGCAGCAACAUCAUAGCAAUGACACUUCUACUACAACCUCCAAAAACAAAAACAACAAACAAAUUCCAGUCGUCGAACAAAAAAUUACCGAUUGGACUACGAUUCAACAAGAAUUAGAGACGACCAAUCAACGAGUCGAUCAGUUGGUCACCAAGUACCAAGAUUCCGAACGGGCACUCCAACAAGCUCGUGCCCAAAAAGUCAUGGCAUUGCAAGAACAAAAACGAGCACGAGAAGCACUGGAGCGAGCCAAACGAAAUGUCGCCGCCACCAAUCAACAAGUCAAUGCCGCUACCAAAGAUCUCGCACAAGCGGCCGUCGCAUUGGAGACCAAGAGUCAUGAACGACACAAAUUAGAACAAAAAUAUCAAAAACAGCACACGGCGGUAGCCGCCACGCUUCACAAAAGUAGCAAACAGAAAUCACUGGGAGUCGUCGUGCCCCUUGUGGUCCGCAAUAAUACAGACUCUUCACAAAACGAGGAGGAAGAAGAAGAUUUGGAAGCAUUGCAAGAAAAGGAACGGCAACUCUUGCAAGAAUACAAACAGCUCGAAAUCCAGGCCAACAAGUUGCAACAGCAAGCCAAUAAACUCAAAGACAAGGCACAGAAAAUCAAUCAGACGCAAGCAGCAAAGCCAUAA